AAUGUCCUAUUAAUUACAGCGAUUCAUACGACACCUAAAUUGAAACUACGCCCAAAUUGUCUAAUACUAUCCCUGAGUAUAACCGACUUAUGUAUCGGUGUAUUUGCGAUGCCUCUUAUGGCUUAUUAUAAUGUGGUUGGUUUGGAUGAAUGGACAAUGGGACCAGUUAUGUGUGACAUUAAGACAUUUAUUCCUAUCAAUUUGACAUCAACAUCCUAUAUACACCUAUUGUAUUUAUCGGUUACAAGAAUACAAUACUCAAGAAAUGAAUCCAGGUCACAUAUAAUUGCAAUGAUUGGCAUUUCAUGGACAGUACCACCGAUUAUCACGAUUUGCUCGAUACUCGGGUGGAGGGAUAACCAGGCUUACUUGGAGUUGAUCGCUAAACAUGUCUGUUAUCCGGCUGGAAAUAACAUGUUUGUCAGAUAUUGCGUAAUUGUUGUUAGCCUACUUGAAUUAGUUGUGAUACCCACAUUGUAUUAUCGAGUGUACAGGGCGUCAAUUAAGUUCAGAAAUAAAUGCAAAAACAAAGUCAUAAAUAACUUUCAAAGACAACAAUCUGUGGACAGAAAUGACAAACUAUUGCGCCGGGAGUUCCGAGUGGCCAAGACGUUGGCUGUGGUCACCAUUGUGUUCAUUGCAUGCAUUAUACCGUUUACUGUCGUAUAUUCAAUAACUGAUUUCACCAAUCUCAUUUAUCUACAAGUGACACGACUGCAUGUGAGCAUUUGGAUUGUAUUUAUUAAUUCAACAAUUAAUCCAAUACUCUAUGGUUUACUAAAUCGUGACUUUCCAAUUAUACUGUUUAUAAUCAUAUUCACUACAAUAUUGGGUAACUUAUUGGUUAUUACAGCGAUUAAGACAACACCUAAACUCCAAAUACGACCAAAUUUUCUCAUACUAUCGCUCAGUAUUACCGAUCUUAGCGUCGGUAUGUUUGUGAUGCCACUUAUGGCCUAUUAUAAUGUGGUCGGUAUUGAUGAGUGGACAAUGGGAUCAGUUAUGUGUGACAUUAAGACAUUUAUUUCCAUUUGUUUGACAACAACAUCAUAUCUACACCUUAUGUUUAUAGCCAUCGAUCGGUACCUAUCGGUCACAAGAAUAGAAUACUCGAGGAAUAAAUCCAAAUCACAUGUAAUGGCAAUGAUAGGUAUCUCAUGGAUAUCACCACUCAUUUUUAAUAUAUGGCCUAUACUUGGGUUCAGAGAUAACAAAUUGUUUUUGAGUAGAAUUGAUCAGAAUUUAUGCAUUUCUAUAGAAAGUAUUGAAUUUGUCAAAACAUUUAUUAAUAUAUUCAGUGUAAUUGAACCCAUUAUAAUUACCAUACUAUAUUGUAUGGUAUACAAGAAAUCGACUGAAUUCUCAAAUAAAUACAAUAAAAGUGAAAUAAAUGAGUUUCAAAGACACAAAUCUGUGGACAAAAAUGAGAAAAUAAUGCGCCGGGAGUUUCAAGUGGCCAAGACCUUGGCAAUCGUUACCAUUGUAUUCAUCGCAUUCAUAAUACCGUUUAAUAUCAUUUAUUUCAUAACUGAUUUCACCCAUCUCACUUAUCUGGAAGUCACACGAUUUCAUGCGAGCAUUUGGAUUAUAUAUUUGAAUUCAACACUCAAUCCAUUUCUUUAUGGUUUACUUAAUCGUGAUUUUCGUAUUGCGUUUAAAAGUAUUACAGACUUGUUUGUCGGUCUGUUGUUAAUGCCUGUAUUGGCGUUCAGGGAUGUUGUUCAGACUAGUGACUGGAAGUAUGGAUCAGUUAUGUGUGAUAUCUACCACUUCCUAAACAUCAACUGUACGGUCACCUCAUAUCUGCACCUCUUAUUCAUAGCCAUCGAUCGGUACCUAUCGUUCACAAGAAACCAAUACUUGAGGAAUAAAUCUAAAUCACAUAUAAUGGCAAUGAUUGCCAUUUCAUGGAUAUUACCACCGCUAAUAAGCAUUUGGCCAUUACUUGGGUUCAGAGAUAACCACUUGUUUAUGGAUAGGAUUAAUAGGAAUAUAUGCUAUUCAGUGGGCAAUAAUAGAUUCAUUAAAUCGGCUAUACUUUCAUCAGCUUUCAUCGGAUUCAUAAUAAUAGCAAUAUUGUAUUAUAAAAUAUAUAAGAAAUUGGUUGAAUUUAAUCGCAAACUUAAACAUAGACAGAGAAAUGAGUUUCAAAUCUUGAAUGAGACACAGACUGUGGAUAAAUGUGAUAAAACUAUGCGACAGGACUUCCGAGUGGCCAUGACUUUGGCUAUCAUUACAAUUAACAUU